AUGUUUAGCAAUGGUCGAUCGUCAAGUCAUGUGAAAGCUUUUCAGCUUCGUUCAUACUUUUCAAUAGCUCAGCUUGAAGAGAGGAAGGCUUUAUUAAAAGAGAAGGGGACAAAAGAAUAUUUAGAUCUUGGUAAAUCUGGGAAGGUCUGGGAGAACUAUUUUCGUCCGUUUGAAUGGCGUGCACAGGAUUAUGACUUUUAUGCAAGACAUUCCUGUUUUAUGGAUGAGAUAUCUGUCAUCAAAGAUACUAUCGAGAUUCCGGUUAAAGAUCUUCUUCAACGUAUGAUUGUAAGUUUUUCGCAUCAAAGUUGCGUCAUAGAGGGAAAUUCACUAGGAAGUGCAGAGUCACAAAUCAUUUGGGAAAAAAUGAGCCAAGACUAUAACAUUGACGAUUUGCAACGUGAGGGAGCACAAUUACCCGAGCCGAAAUCUCUUAUCGAUAAACCUGGAAAGGAGAUUGAAGUUGUCGAAAUCCGUAACCACCUGCUUGCGACCCAUUACUUAUACAAUACUUUGCUAAAGUCAGAACAAGAAAUAAACAUCGACAAUAUAAAGAAGAUCCAUCGUACUCUUUUGAAAGAUACCCCACAGGAGAGAGUUAAUGUAUGGGGCAAAAUCCAGCAUGCAGGAAUGUUUCGAACAAUGCCAAUGCAGGCUGUAGGUUAUCAUUUGACCGUUUAUCCGUAUGGAGAGGAAGUGCCCGCGUUGAUGGAAAGGUUUGUACAAUUUUACAACAAGACCGUCACUAGCGAUAAUGUUGAGGAUCAUGAACCAUAUCAAAUCCACCCUCUUAUGAACGCAUGUCGCAUACUUUCGUCCAUCCUUCAUAUUCAUCCAUUCUACAAUGGUAAUGGACGUAUGGGACGUUCACUCAUGGCGCUUUAUCUUGCCCGUGGUGGCUUUCCACCCCUUGUUUUUCAACAACUUGAUCGAAAAGAAUAUGCGGACGCAUUGUAUAAGGCUCAGGCAGAGAAGGAUAUGGUCCCUUUAUAUAACAUAGUGAUAGGAAUCAUCUAUGAUAUUUUAGCAUCGUAUACGUGGUUACCCAUUAAAGAGUAA